AUGGCCGACAAUAAUGUCCCACAGACUCGGAGAGCUCUUCGCAGGCGCGGCCCUCACGUGGCCGAAUUCGUUGACGAGGCUAUUCCUUCCCGAGGCUCAUCCGACGUGCUGAUUCAAGUUCGCGCUGUUUCAUUGAACUACAAAGAUCUAGCUAUGCUGGACGAUAACUUUCCGUGGCCGGUUCCGUCCAAUGUUAUUAUGGCCGCCGACGUCGCAGGCGAGGUUGUUUGGGUUGGCGACAAAGUGACCCUGUUUGAGGUUGGUAGCAGAGUUGCCGCCAUCCAUAAUUUGGACAACAUUACUGGGCGUGAAUUGACGGCACGAGGUAUGGAUGGCACCUUGGCUACCUAUGUGGUGUUUGCAGAGGUUGAGCUUGUGAAAGUCCCCGACAACUUGACAUGGGCCGAGGCUAGUAUCGUGCCUUGCUCUGGCGUUACAGCUUGGUCAGCCCUGAACAUGAGGAGCAACAACUUGUGGGGAAAGACGGUGCUUGUUCAAGGUACUGGAGGAGUGAGCAUUAUGGCACUCAGUCUGGCCGCCAAAGCUGGCGCCACCGUAAUUGCAACUUCUUCGUCUGAUGCGAAGCUGGAACGGGCGAAAAAACUCGGUGCUACUCAUGUCAUCAACUACAAGCAGAAUCCCAACUGGGAUGAAGAGGUGUUGAAGCUGACUGGAGGCCUUGGAGUCGACAUCAUCAUCGAGCAAGGCGGGGCUGAUUCUCUACUCCAGAGUGUACAGUCAAUACGACGAGAGGGUCAGAUCUCUCAAGUUGGCUUCCUGUCAGGAGAUGGCAAAGGCGAUCUGUUUCGCCUGGUACAACUGCUCAUCAUGAAAAAGUGUAGCAUUGUCGGAAUCCAAGUCGGGUCAAAAGGCGACCUGGAAGACUUGAUGAAUUUUCUCAGGCAACCGCACUUUAAACUCGACUCAUGUAUCGACCGAAUUUUUAGUUUCGACAAGUCAUUGGAGGCUUUCGAUUACAUGCGAAAGGGCGGCGCGGUUGGGAAGAUUGUCAUUGAGUUUUAG